AGCGGCCCUGGCCCUGGGAGCUCCCGGGCGGAGCGCGCGGCCGGGCGCGGAGGAGCCGAGCAGCCCUCGGAGGGCGCGGGCCGGGCGGGGGCCGGGCGGGGGCCGCGGCGUUGGAGCUGCGGGUCCUUCAUGAUGAGAGAUUUUGGGGUACUUCUUUCUCCUCCGUGUAGUUGAUAGUUUGGGUGGUGAAGAGAUGGCUGCCAGUGUAAAAACCUUUCUCCAGGACCUUGGCAGGGGAAUCAAAGACUCCAUGUGGGGUAUUUGUACCAUCUCAAAGCUAGAUGCUCGAAUCCAGCAAAAGAGAGAGGAGCAGCGACGAACAAGGGCAAGUAGUGUCUUGGCACAGAGGAGAGCCCAGAGUAUAGGGCGGAAGCAAGAGAGUGAGCCACGUAUUGUUAGUAGAAUAUUCCAGUGUUGUGCUUGGAAUGGUGGAGUAUUCUGGUUUAGUCUCCUCUUAUUCUAUCGAGUGUUUAUUCCUGUGCUUCAGUCAGUAGCAGCCCGCAUUAUCGGUGAUCCAUCACUACAUGGAGAUGUUUGGUCAUGGCUGGAAUUCUUCCUCACAUCAAUUUUCAGCGCUCUUUGGGUGCUGCCCCUGUUUGUGCUUAGCAAAGUUGUGAAUGCCAUUUGGUUUCAAGAUAUAGCUGACCUGGCAUUUGAGGUAUCAGGGAGGAAGCCUCACCCAUUUCCUAGUGUCAGCAAAAUAAUUGCUGACAUGCUCUUCAACCUUUUGUUGCAGGCUCUUUUCCUUAUCCAGGGAAUGUUUGUGAGUCUCUUUCCCAUCCAUCUUGUUGGUCAGCUGGUUAGUCUCCUGCAUACGUCCCUUCUCUACUCACUAUAUUGCUUUGAAUAUCGUUGGUUCAAUAAAGGAAUUGGAAUGCACCAACGGUUGUCAAACAUAGAAAGGAAUUGGCCUUACUACUUUGGGUUUGGAUUGCCCUUGGCUUUUCUCACAGCAAUGCAGUCCUCAUAUAUUAGUGGCUGCCUCUUCUCUAUCCUUUUUCCUUUAUUCAUUAUCAGCGCCAAUGAAGCAAAGACCCCUGGCAAAGCGUACCUCUUCCAGUUGAGACUCUUCUCCUUGGUGGUCUUCUUAAGCAACAGACUCUUCCACAAGACAGUAUAUCUGCACUCUGCCCUGAGCAGCUCCACCUCUGCAGAGAAGUUCCCUUCACCACAUCCGUCUCCUGCCAAACCGAAGGCUGCUGCAGGCCACUGAGUUGCCUGCCACCCAAAGGCGAUGGGUGGGAUUGGAGGGAGGCUGCGGCAGCUCUGUUCCCUGCUCCCCUCCGCCUGCCAGGGAAGGCAGGACCCACGCUGCCAAGGGCCCUCUGCAUAUUCACUUUCCUCUGAGGAAUUGGAAGGUUUGUCUCUGGUGCACGUAAGGCAGAAUCUUCCUGACACCAGUGUGUGGAUUCUUAACACCACUGUGAGUCUGAAAGGACCACAGGUUUUUCUGCAGCUAUUUUCUAGCAUUUGCCAUCCCCUGUGCCUGGACUGAUUUGAAUACUUUGAUUUUUCUCCCUGUGCCAUUUUACCCUCCCACCUUUCCUGCCUUCUACCACUCUUGGAUGAAUGGAUUUUGUAAUUCUAGCUGUUGUAUUUUGUGGAUUUGUUAUUUUUGUUUUUCUGUGAAGCACAUACGUUGGAUGUGGGAGGUAAAGGAGUAUCAGUUGCUCCUGGUAACUCCUUUUAUAGCCAUCACUGUCUUGUUUCUUGUAACUCAGGUUACGUUUUGGUCUCCCUUGCUCCACUGCAAAAAA